AGAAGAAUGAAUGAUAAUAGUAAUUAAUUAUGAGCAUCAAAAAGUGUUUGAUUCUUUGAAUGAAGAACAUCAAUGAAUUGAAUAGCCACCACCUACAACUAGAAGCACUGAUAAAUUCACCAACCUAAUUCACAUUUAUUAAUCCCAACUGCUUUCCCACUCUAAAAACCUGCAACCUUUGCUUCCCCAUCUCUCUCUCUCUCUCUACAUCUUCCUCUAAUCUUUCUGUAUUUAUAGUAGUAAUUGUUAAGUGUUGAACUGUUCAAAAGGUUGAAUCUUUUUUUUAAGAAUCAAAAAGUUUAGAGCCUUUCAUGUUUUAUUACACCAAGACAAAAGUGUUUUUCUUGACUUGUGUUCUUUUUCAUUUUGUUUGUUUUCUUGUCUUUCACUCACCCAGUCAUUAAAUUUUAUCUCUUCAAAUUCCCAAUUGUUAUCUCUACAUUUCUUCUAAAGUUGUCUUCUUUUGCUAACAUUUCAUUAUUUUUUUAGAGCUUUGCAUUUGCUUCAUUUAAGUAGUAGUAGUAUCUAGCAUGGACCUAGAAGUAUGUAUGAUAUAGAGUGUUUUAAGGUGGUUCUUUUAGGGUAAAUUUGGUGUUUUUAUUACUUGUUUGUCAAAUUUAGGGUCUUAAUUCAAAUGGGGUUUGGUUUAUUUGGUUCCUUUUUGGUUCUGUCAAUGUUUUUCAAGUCUUUACCAUGUCAACAACCCAACACAGAUGCUUUUUAUGUGUCUGAAUUUCUGAAGCAAAUGGGUAUUACUUCUUCUCCACUCUACAAUUUCUCUGCUCCUGUUUGUUCAUGGCAAGGUGUGUAUUGUGAUGCUAAAGGAAGUGUUUCUGGUUUGGUAGCUUCUGGUUUUGGCUUUUCUGGUUCAAUUCCUGAUACCACCAUUGGCAAGCUAACAAAGCUCAAAACUUUGGAUCUUAGCAGCAAUAAAAUCACUGAUUUGCCUUCUGAUUUGUGGAGUUUGGGGUCUCUCAUUGCCCUAAAUCUCUCUUCAAAUCAGAUAUCUGGGUUUCUCCCUAGCAACAUUGGCAAUUUUGGUAUGCUUGAAAUAAUAGAUUUAUCAAGCAAUAAUUUCAGUGGUGAAAUUCCUGCUGCAAUAAGCUCAUUGUCUAGCUUGAGAGUCCUUAAGCUUGAUCGAAAUGGUUUGCAAGGGAGCAUUCCACUGGGAAUUCUAAAUUGCAAGUCACUCACUCUCAUUGAUAUUUCUUUGAAUAAGCUGGAUGGGGUCUUACCAGAUGGUUUUGGUGCUGCAUUUCCAAAGCUUAAAACUUUGAACCUUGCAGGAAAUACGAUUAAAGGGCGUGACUCGGAUUUCUCAGAAAUGAAAUCUGUUACUAAUCUUAAUAUUUCUGGAAAUUUGUUUCAUGGUUCAGUUAUGGUUUUGUUUUUGGCAAUGUUGGAGGUGAUAGACUUGAGCAGGAACCAGUUUCAAGGUCACAUUUCUCAGGUACCAUUCAAUUCUAGCUUCAAUUGGUCUCGUUUGAUUCACUUAGACUUGUCUGAAAAUGAACUUAGUGGUGAUAUUUUCCUCAAUUUCGACCAAACCCGGAAUUUGAAGUACCUUAAUCUUGCAUUCAAUAGAUUUACCAGGCAAGAAUUUCCACAAGUUGAUAUGCUUUUGGAGUUGGAAUAUCUUAAUUUGUCUAGAAGUAGUCUCAUUGGUCAUGUUCCUAGUGAAAUUGCCCAAUUGAGUAAACUCCAUACUCUUGAUCUAUCUGAGAAUCAUCUCAGCGGCCGUAUUCCGAUAUUACCUGUUAAAAACCUCCAAGUUCUUGAUGUUUCACAAAAUAAUUUGAGUGGAGGAAUCCCAAUGUCCCUCUUGCAGAAACUCCCUUGGAUGGAGAGGUUCAACUUCUCUUUCAACAACUUAACUCUUUGUGCUUCUGAGUUUUUGUAUAAAACCUUUGAAAGCCGAUUCUAUGGAUCAUUAAAUAGCUGCCCAAUAGCUGCAAACCCGGGUCUCUUUAAAAGAAAAGCUACCAAACACAAUGGUUUGAAACUUGCUCUAGCCUUAACCCUUUCAAUGGUCUGCUUGUUGGUUGGAUUGCUAUUUUUAGCUAUUGGUUGCAGGAGGAAAUCCAGUAUGUGGGCAGUGAAACAAAGCUCGUAUAAGGAAGACCAAACUAUUUCAGGUCCAUUCUCAUUCCAGACCGAUUCAACCACAUGGGUGGCUGAUGUUAAGCAGGCAACAUCAGUUUCUGUAGUGAUUUUUGAGAAGCCAUUGUUGAAUAUCACUUUUGCAGACCUCUUGUCCGCAACUUCAAAUUUUGAUCGAGGUACCCUUCUGGCCGAAGGGAAAUUUGGCCCGGUCUACAGAGGAUUUUUACCUGGUGGCAUUCAUGUAGCUGUAAAAGUUUUAGUCCAUGGAUCUACAUUGACAGAUGAAGAAGCUGCUAGAGAGCUCGAGUAUCUUGGCCGAAUUAAGCAUCCCAAUCUUGUUCCGUUAACAGGAUACUGCAUCGCAGGAGAUCAGAGAAUAGCUAUCUACGAUUACAUGGAGAAUGGAAACUUGCAGAAUUUACUCCAUGACUUGCCGCUUGGUGUCCAAACAACUGAAGAUUGGAGCACCGACACGUGGGAAGAAGAUGACAAUAACGGCAUUCAAUGUGUUGGUUCUGAAGGGUUGCUAACAACCUGGAGGUUCCGGCACAAAAUUGCACUCGGCACUGCUCGUGCAUUGGCAUUUCUUCAUCAUGGUUGUUCACCCCCACUUAUUCACCGGGAUGUCAAAUCUAGUAGUGUUUACUUGGACUACAACCUGGAGCCAAGAUUAUCUGAUUUUGGACUGGUGAAGGUCUUUGGCAAUGGCUUAGAUGAGGAAAUUGCUCGCGGCUCACCCGGUUAUGUUCCUCCAGAGUUUUCAGAUCCAGACAACAACUGCCCUACUCCAAAAUCAGAUGUCUAUUGUUUUGGCAUAGUUUUGUUUGAGCUAAUCACUGGGAAAAAGCCAAUUGGAGAUGAUUAUCCUGAAGAAAAAGAUACAACUUUAGUGAGUUGGGUUAGAGGAUUGGUAAGGAAGAACCAAGCAUCAAGAGCAAUUGAUCCGAAAAUUCGCAAUACCGGACGGGAACACGAGACAGAGGAAGCCCUCAAAAUCGGAUAUUUGUGCACAGCAGACAUCCCUUCGAAGAGACCAAGCAUGCAGCAGAUAGUCGGACUUCUUAAAGAUAUCGAACCAACAGUUCAUCAAUGAUGAACAUACACGACGAAAUGGAAGUCAGUUUUUUUUUUUUCCUUUUUUGGCUUUUAAGAUAGUCUACUGAUCUUUUUAAUAUUAUUUCGCUUUUGCUUUUCAUUUCUAUAUUAUGUUAUUUCUAUGCUGCCAUUGGUAAGAACUGUACAGUAAGUAGUCUUUGGAAAUUUGUUUUUGAUCUUUACCUUUCCUUCAUUGGUGGCAUGUAACCUUACACGAGAUAUUAAUCCUUGAAAAGUUGGUAUUCCUCU